GGUUUUUUUUAAAUCUUCUUUUAGUAAUAAUCGCUCAGUGGCACGGACAGGUAUUGCGGAGCUCAUGUUUCAUUACUGUCUUAAAAAAAGGUUUCUUGCAUGUGUUAUACAGUUCGUCGUGUUACGUUCUACCAGCUUUAUCUCGGUUGACGAACGUCAAGUUGGAUUCAAUGUGGUGCUGCCUACGCAUUAAAUGCGUUUGCUCUUGUGAAUAUUUUAAUUAACAGUUUUUCUUAAAUCAACAAUUUGUGCUCAGUAUAAACUGUAAAAUGUUUAUUUUCCUGUGCAUUGAGGAAAAUUGAGUUCAUUUAUGCGGGACACAAGUUAAGGUAGCACACAAAUGCACGUUUUAGUUAUCGUUAAUCGCAGUUGACUUCAGUAAUGCUUCCGUGCAGCGGCGUUUCGAGGAUCAAAUUGAAGAGGGAUUCGUUUAAGCUCGGUAACAAAUUAGAGCCGACCAAACGCAGAUGGACUGGACCUAAAACUGUGUCUGGUUUAAAUCCACUUGCCGAUCGUGGCAUACAGGUACAAGACCAAGCCAGUUCUCCAGCUCCGGAGGCAGCAGAUGUCGUUUCCCCAGAACGAAACGCCAACGAAAUCUGCGCCACAGCCGACCGCGAACCACCGUCCCAAUUUGACGGGCAAGCGAGCUCCAAACAAGACGCUCAUGCGGAACAUGACGGCUGCGGAGGGGGUUAUAAUCAAGGUACUUUCCCAUCCACAGUCAGUGGCUUUAGUAACUGUCAAGGGGGAGGAACUAAAGCUCAGAGUACUUGUACAAGGACUCAGCCACCGUCCAAAAAGACGCCGAAACGGUUGUCCGAACAUAGAAAAGAGUUUUUCUACCGUUUGCGUUUAGCGUUGUGCUUAAAACGUCGAAAUGGCGGGAAGCGUGUGAUACACGGGCCGACAGAAGUGCAGUGCCACGCUUUGUCGUUUAUAAACAGUAACGUGUCGGUUGAGUCAGAUAAUAUUUCUAUUAAAUCCACGGUCUGUGGAGAACCAGUGGAACAAACUCCACAUGCCCAACUAGAUCCAAAGUACGAUCAAAACACUGGCUGCCCAGAUUAUUUGGGGCAAGAAAAGCCUCGUGCUGGAAGGGGAAGACCGAUGAAACUGUUUAUUGAUAAUUUUGGUGGCCCUGAUGGACGGGUGAAAACUACCAUCAAGACGGACGCUCGGCGAGCCCGUGCAAGUAAAGCCAGGCUCGCUAUUUCUGGACAAACACCAAAUAUCAGUUCAAAACUUGAGCUGAGACGACAGCUUAGGUCAGACACAAGGAAAAACCGCAAACGAUUGGUGAAAAAUUCAUGCUGUGCUUUGUGUGGUGAUGUAAAAUACACUCCUCCCCCUAGUAAGAAUCUGGCCUCUUUACUCAGUCACAGAUCUAGAGCUGACCGCCCCAGCCAGACUGUGUGCCAGAAAGAUGCUGGUCAUAUCUCAGAGUCCCCGACCGCAAUGAAUUUCCGCUUCGAGAAAUACCCCAUGGUGAAUCUGUGCGAUGUAGCCAGAGUGUUUGACAUAGCCUCUCGUGAUUUCUCAUGUGUCUUACCAGCUGUACAAAGACAAAAGAGGAAGUGCAAAAGAGUGCAGUGCUUAAGGAAAAAAUUUGAUUUUCUUGUGCAUCCUCAUCUCCAUGACAUCAAGGAGUGUAGAAGUAAGAUUGCCAACCAGUCCUGGGAAGUUUCCACACCAACCCAUAGCUGUGCUUCUUUUUCAUCAGGUGAUCCACCAUCUGGAGCUACGGGCAGCACGUAUGUUUCAGACACAGCUGAGACUCCUGAUGGAUCUGCCAAGGAAUGGGAUGCUUGUCUUGCAAGGAAUCUAGACUGUGAGAGUAUGAGACAGACCGACGUCGAAGGAACUGACUCGGUACUCCCAGGGUGUGAUGACAAUGGUCCUGUUUUGCAUUUCUGUGAGAAAGACAAGGCCUGUCCAAUGAAAAACAUCUCUGAAAGUCCUACCAGCCAGGCGCGUCGUGUACCACCUCUAAUACUCAGACGGGUUGCUGUCAAUGGUUUUGGUUUCAGAGGUGGUGAUGAUGAUGGGGAGAACAGUGGUCAUUCACUGGAUGAAGAGAAAGAGGAAGACCGUAGUAAUGAGGAUUCUGACAGUGAAGUGAACUCGCCUGAGAGUUUCUCCUGCCAGCGAGUGCAAGCCUACAUAUUUUUCCCUCAAUCAUCAUGCGCUCGCACAUACAAGACCUGGCCCUUCCCUAGAACAGGCCCUCCUAACGACCCCAGGUCACCGCUGCACACUGGACCCCGCUGGAUUGUAACCACUUCAUUUCCGGCUAUCGUUCAAACUCCUCUCAGUGGAGCACCUGAAUGCUUAUCAGAUAAAGACAUUCAAAACGAAAUGUCCAAACCCACAAAGCAAAGCAAAAGCAGUGAUGAAACAAGAGAGGUACUGGAGAGGCAACCACUUUAUUCAUUUGUGCCAGGUGAGAACACAUUAGCAGUGUUGGAAAGGACUCCGAAAGGUCGAGCACAAAGUCUUAAUCCAAGUCGUACAAUGACACAGGAUAGUUUUAUUUCGAGACUUGCAGACCACAACAGUUACAGUUUAGAAAGUAGAGACAUACUGGAGCAGCAUCCUUCUGCUUUUGGUGAAAAACCGCCCACUUGCACACCUGAAAGGACUCCAAGGGGUCUAGUGCACAGUCCAAAAGUCAUAUUGACUCAUGUUUCCAAACCGGCAGAGCCUGAGUCAAACCAAAGUCUGAAGAAAGCUUUGGAGGAUGUUCUUGAGUCCUCUGUACCUGCAGUGACUGAACAGGUUAACAUCUGCAAAUUUAAUGGUCUUGGCUAUGCAACAUCAUUAGAGGAGUGCGGUCUUUUAAAAAAUCAUUGCCUGCUCAAGAAGUCUGAUCAGAAAGCGCUCUCAAGUGGGUCCGAAAUUCAGGCUGAUUUCAUAAGGGAUGAAGAUCAAAAAUUGUCCAAAGAUGUAUCGGAUCUUGAGAUCAGUACCCAUCCUGUUAGCCAAACCUCAAGAGCUCAGUCAGUUGAGGAUCAAGAGUGGAACGAAAAUAGUGACGGACAAACUCUCUAUAACCCUGGGUCGCUUUCGGAAAUAUGUCUUAAAGUAGAAAUGCUAAAAGCACAGCAUCCUCCUUUAGUGACGACAACUUCCGCAAUGGACCAGGAUCCUGAUGCCACACUGCAUACAGCCGGCAGCAAUCCUGACUGUUCAGGAGAAGAGAAGCAAAAGCAAGAAUUUGACAGCUGUACAGUUACAGACUCCUCUUCUGAAGAUGAAAACGAACAUGUCACUAGUCUGUCAUCAGAUGACUCUGUGGAGCAUGAUGCUGCUGUGAGCUCACAGUCUGAUGGCGGUGGGACAAGUCUGAUGAAUGAUGAAGAACGAGGCCCCACCCCUCCACAAUUUCCAGCGGUUGCCGUCAGCUUCCUGGAUGUUUCUCGAGCAUAUGAAGAAGACGUCCUUGUACUGGACGUCAUACAAGAUGAUCCAGAGUUAUUUGGUGCUGUUGUCACUGAAACUGUGAGUAAACAGGACACAUCAGCAGAGGAGAAUGGAAAGUCACCGCCGAAGACAGAGAAACUACAAACAGGGAACCAUUGCAAGAUUGUCUGGGACCUAAAUGCAGAUGGCUCCAGUGAAUCUUGCCCAACUGCUGCAGACGUCAAGACUGAUAGUGUGAAAGAUGGUGGUUGUCUGACAGUUAAGGAGACAGACAAUUACAGAGUUCAGCCUGUCCAGGGAAUGAGUAUUUCAAAUUCAGAGAAUGCCACAGACUGCAAUAACAACCAAGAGAUGAGACAAACAAAUGGUAUUGCAGUAACAAACACAAGAGAAUCAAGACUUGUGAUGGACACAUGCAGUAACGGGUAUGAAGUGACUCCAAAAGAGACUUCCACUUUGAGAACUUUAAACAGUAAUUAUUGUUGGUUCUACUUUAGUGAAUAUAACUCCUGCAUGCGAAGUGUCUGUUGGUUCCCGCACGUACCAAGAGAUGGAGAUGAAAAGUUCUGCAUUGAUACAGUGAAGAAGUUCUGUCAUACUGGGAAACAUGCUCUUAUUCUACGAGCAGUGGAGGUGUUUAUGGGAUAUUACAGCAGUUGUUCUCACAGCGUGAGUUUCAGCGAGGAGAUUGUCAAUUCUCUGCUGUCGUCUCUCCUUAAUUUUUGUUUGCUGAGAGAAUUUGAGGCAGUCAUUAACUUGCUUCUCAAACACAAGAGGCUGCCUCCACCUGAGAUUAUGUUAGGUGUUUUUAAACUUGUGAUGGAAAGAGGGCUGAUUAACUCUGUACCUGAGCUCAUUCACCUCACUUCAAAGAUUGUCGAGGCAGGAUGUGUAUUCAGUGUGGAUCAGUGUGAGGUCAUGCAGAAUCAUCUCCAAAUGAUGCAGGUUCCUAGACAGCAGAUGGACAUUUUCCUUGCUGUUAAAUGCAGAGCUCUGGUAACUAAUCCCCAUACCUCUGAGCUGUCAGAUCUGGCCCAGGCUGUUGUUAGAGUUGAGAUGCUGAAGCAUCAGGAAGACUGGGCUGGACUGGCUCUAGUAUUCUGCAAUGUUUGUGUUGGGUCACACAGUCAAAUGGAACUUCUCAGGUUUUGUUGCUGCGUUACCAUGGCACUGCUGAAGGAGCCCAAAGGCAAACUCACCCUACCGUAUGAGCUGUUUGCUGAAUCAGUAUGUCAGCAAGUCUUGUCCAAUGACAUGAUAAAAACCAUCCUGGGGAGAAUUGGAGUCUCUCUGAUCUUCAGGUACCACAGGACACGAGAUUGGAAUAAGGGAGUGAAGCUGGUCAGUGUGAUGUUCAGACUGCACAUUGAGUUCAUCACUCUGAAAGGGCUUAUGGGGAAUGAGAACAGGGUGUCUCGCUGUCAGCUGGUCACUAUGGCAACGGAGUUCUUCCUCCAUAGCGGGAGCUUUGAGGGAGCUUUGAAAAUGCUGAGAGCUGAUGGCUGGUUUGUGAGCUCCAGCAUGUGGCCUUGUGAGCAGGCUGACAUCGAAAAUCGAAAACAUGUCCUGACGCUCUUAGCUGAGAAGACGUCACACAGAGACGCCUUUGAGAUUAUUACCAACUUACCUGGAAUCAGACAACCGAUAAAUGGUGUGCAGAUAAACGACUAUGCUGAAACAUUCAAUGCUCAUCUGCGUCUGUGCUUGGUAAAGCAGACAUUACCAGUCGCUGCAGAUAUCCUUGAGUUCAUGCUAAUACAUGGUAUGGUGCCUGAAACCCUCCAGCAACAGAACCUCAUCCAUAAACUGGGCAAACAGAACAACUGGAGCCGUGCCAGGGCCCUUUUUAAACGUGCUCAGUCAGCAGGGUUUUACGCUGCAGUGGUGUGUGAAAGAGACUCUCUGUUUCUGCCAUGUAAUCUCAGUGAAAUAGAGAUGACGAUGGCCUUCGAGAUGUUCAUCACCUUUAUUAAUACUAAACUACUGGCCCCUUCUGGAGCCUUCCAACCACUUCUCAUUACACUCAGACGGCAUGCCGAUAUUGAGGAUGUAACGGAGAGUGUGUACUUGGCGGCUGGUUGUCGGCUUCUCUCUGCGGCUCUCAUACCAAACCCCAAAUUGAGCAUCCGCUACACAGCUGUCAAUAAAAGCCAAGAACAAUUCUUUCACCUGGACCAUGCAUCUGCCCACAAAUGGUUUUUGCAGAACGAGCGGUGGGCACGAGAGAUUUGGGCAAGCUAGCAUACACACACACACACACACACACACACACACAUGCUUGUGAACAGUCCCAAAAGUAACAAAUGUCUCGGUCUAAUCAAAGGUUAAUUUAUAUGUUACAGACUGUUGAAACUGGGACUUCUCGAAACUGUUUGCACAAUUUUUUGUGGUGUUUGUUUUAUAUAUUUCUUUAAAACAUUAUUGAAGGACAAGACUGCUUAGUUUUGAGUUGUAAAAAGAAAGGUUUUGUAAUAUUUA